UUCAGUUCAGAUCGGAAUAAGAGCUUCCCUGUUCAACAAACAUAUAAAUUGUGCCGACUCACUUACAGGAGGGAGCUGCAGAAAUCUAUCCCAAACACUGAUCGUCAGAGGUACGAUGGACUGCUGUGGUCUACUAACUGCUCAGAAGGAACCAGUUCCUCUGAAGAGCAUUGAGGUGGAGCUGGAGGUGAAGGACCAUGUGGCUACACUGGUCUCCACUCUGAACUACGAGAACAAGGAGGACAAACCAAUAGAGGCUGUUUUUGUCUUCCCUCUGCCUAGAGAUGCUGCUGUCUGUCAUUUCAGUGCUAAGAUUGGACAGACGGAGAUUGUAGCUGAGGUGAAGGAGAAACAGCAGGCUCGUGAGGAGUAUGAUGAUGCUCUGAGCUCCGGUCAGCAGGCCUUCCUAUUGGAGGAGAGUGAGGAGAGUCCAGAUAUAUUCUCUCUGAGUGUGGGCAGUCUGCCUCCAGGAGAGAGCGCCUCCAUCAGGCUGGAAUAUGUCACUGAGCUGGCUGUGCAGGCUGAUGAUGGUCUGAGGUUUUGUCUGCCUGCUGUGCUCAACCCUCGCUACCAACCUCAGGGAAGUGGAGGCAGUGAAGGUGCCAGUGUCCAGGUGACCUCUGUCCCAGCCUCUCUGGUUCCCUACAGUCUGUCUUUUUCUGCCCGAGUGUCCUCUCCUCGUCCAGUCUCUAAAGUAGAGUCCAACUGUUCCCUGGACCCUCUCCAGUACCUCAACACAGAGCAGACCCAGGCCACGGUGAAGUUGGCUGCAGGACACAAGUUUGACAGAGAUGUUGAACUUCUGAUUUAUUACAAAGACGCCCACCAACCCACUGCUGUGGUGGAGGCAGGACAGGCCUCUGCCAAACCUGGCACUCUGAUGGGUGAUCCUGUAGUGAUGCUGAGCCUGUACCCUGAGUUGCCCCAGUCUGUGAUGUCUUCACUCUCCUCCUGUGGAGAGUUUGUGUUCUUGAUGGAUCGAUCUGGGAGUAUGAGUUCAUGUCUGAACAACAGCGAGAGUCAUCAGACUCGCAUUGGCAGUGCCAGGGACACUCUGCUGCUCCUGUUGAAGAGCUUACCCAUGGGCUGCUAUUUCAACAUCUACAGUUUUGGGACCAGCUAUGAACACAUCUUCCCUAAGAGUGUGGUGUAUAAACAGAAGACCAUGGAAGAGGCUCUGAAGAAAGUUGAGGUCAUGGAGGCAAAUCUGGGAGGAACAGAGAUCCUUGAGCCCCUCCAACAUAUUUAUAGCCAGCCCUGCAUUCCCAGUCAGCCUAGACAACUGUUUGUCUUUACUGAUGGAGCAGUGUUCAACACCAAGGAAGUGAUAAAUCUGGUGAAGGAGAAUUCAGGUUCUCACAGGUGUUUCUCUUUUGGGAUUGGGGAAGGGGCCAGCUCUGCUCUAAUCAAUGGGAUGGCCAAGGAAGGAGGAGGUCACGCUCAGUUCAUCACAGGCACUGACAGGAUGCAACCUAAGGUGAUGCAGUCGCUUCGAUUUGCUCUGCAGCCAGCUGUGGUGGAUAUCUCAGUCACAUGGGAUUUACCAAAGGAAGUGUCUGUUACUGUUCUCUCUCCACCAAUCACAGCACUUUUCCAGGGUCAAAGGUCACUGGUUUAUGGCCAACUCACUGGACAGAGUUCAGAGGCAGCAGAGGGCUGUGUGACGGUCAAGUACAGCCUGGCAGGUCAUCCCUCUCAGAACCAGCUCCGCUUCAGUCUCAAACCUGAAGGAGACACAGGAUCAACAGUCCACAGGUUGGGUGCUCAGACUCUGAUUCGCUCCCUGGAGAUGGAGGAGAGAGAGCACAGAGGACAGGGGGAUGGAGGAGUGAAGGAGAAGGUGGUGGAGCUGAGCGUCCAGUCAGGAGUGAGCAGCUCCUUCACAGCAUUCAUUGCUGUCAAUAAAGGCAACAGCGAGUCGAUUCAAGGACCUCUGGUGCGCAGAAAUGUUCCAACAGCCUUAGCUCAGUGUAAUCAGCUUCGUCAACGGUCACUGUGUCUUGUUGGGUCCAGCCUUAAGGCGGAUGUCAAGACCAAAAGCUUUCCGUUAAGACCAAGGAAAAUGCUGUCAACACCUGUCGGGACCAAAGGCUUUUUCUCUGGUCUUAACAAAAAGCUUGGUGCCUUUGACAGAUCUCAGAAACCUCAGGCGAAAAUGUUUAGUUCCAGUCACCAUCUGGCUGGAGGGAUACAGGUGCUUGCUUCGCCCUCCUAUGAUUUUGGUGCUUUCAGCUGUGAAGAAACUGAAGGCACCAUGCUCCAGCAGCCUUGCAGAGACACUUUACUGCAGCUGGUUUCCCUGCAGGAGGCCUCUGGCUGCUGGCCACUAGAUCCAGCUCUGGCUGUUGUGCUGGGAAAGAGCAGGGAGGAGGUGGAGACGUCAAAGCCUGCAUCGGUGAACCAGGAAGUGUGGGCCACCAUUCUGGCUCUGAUCUGGCUUCAUGGCUUCAAGAUGGACGCUAAGGAAGAGUGGGAGCUUCUGGCUAUGAAGGCUGUGUCAUGGCUCCGUGCUCAGAAAGCACCAUGUGUGGCAGAGUGUGUGGAAGCUGGAAAUAAACUGUUGGGUUCCAACGUGCAGAAAGAGGUCCUGGGACUCUGAGGUUUUCAUUGAACAGGCUGCUCUUUAGGAUUGGUGCACAGAAGCAGAUUUUCUCCAUCUUACAGCCUUUCCAUUGUCAACAUUGCACCAUAUUAUCUAGCUUGUAACAAUUCAGUCUUGUUCUAUUAUGUUUUCUAUUUCUAUUUUCUGUUUAUUGGUCUCUUACAUUGGUACCUGUUUUGCUUUUAUCAUUGGAUAGACUUUUCAGAACAGAACUGAAUCAAAAUUAAACUUAUAGCUUUAAACAAAAUGAGCACUAAUGUCUUCAUUAGAGACUCCACACCUGCUUUAGGUGUUGUGCAGUAAAGACUGUGUGAUACCAAGUGCAAGACUUGAAAUCCUUGAUCUGUCAGCAUACGUCUCUGGUCACAUUGUACCAAAUUAAAACUUCCUGCUUUAAUGAAGAUGUUUUUUCUGAUUAACCAACCAAAGAUUACUGGUUUUUUGUAAUGUUUAGAAGUGAUAAAGUCUACGUAUCUCUGAAAAUUUGAAGUUACCUGUUUGAUGCUUGAGCAGUAAAGCUGCACUAUAGCUCAUUAUUAAAACUGCUUACGUCGAGGUAAAUCAGAGAAUCCACUCUGAGGCUGUACAGUAGAGCCAACACUCAAUUCACAUCAGACAUCAAUGGCAGACUGAUUGCUCUACUACACCCUCACUUUUCUAAUUAUGAGUAAUUUGGUGUCCAAUGUUUAGAAAAACUCAGGAACGUGUCAUGAAAGCCAUCUCAUGAACAAAAUGUCAAACUAUAUUCCAAGUUAAAGAUCCAUCUUUGACACUUCCCUUUAGACCCGAGUCAAAAUCUCUUGUCUCCUUUUUGAUAUAAUGAGUUAUGAUAAUCCUGUUCUACGUUUCAGAGGAAUAUCAUACAAAUAUUUUAGCAAACCUGUAAUAUCAUCCCAAGAAUAACAAUGGGGCUAUGGUAAAAGUACACUCCCACAAUGCUCUGGGGACUGGAAAACUACCAUGACUGCCCAUUCAGAAUGUGUGUUCAUUCCUAUUCUCUCCCACUAGGUGGAGAUGAUGCAUCUAUUGUAACUGCUUCCCUGAUUUCUUUGCAUUUGAUAA